AGACUGACAGCUCAGGUUUAAAUGCCCUGAGUUCGGCCCUGGGUGAAGGUAUCAGAGAUCGGGUGGGAGCGGGCUGGGUAGUAGCGGCACAGACCUGUCUUCUGCACUGCACUGGGCACAUCGUCAUGGCACUGAAAGUAUGCAUCGUUGGCUCUGGCAAUUGGGGAUCUGCCAUUGCGAAGAUUGUCGGGGAGAAUGCGGCUAAAAUCCCUCAAUUCGAUAAUGUGGUGAACAUGUGGGUAUUUGAGGAAUUAAUAUCCGGGAGAAAGCUGACGGAGAUCAUCAACACUGAACAUGAGAAUGUGAAAUACCUCCCGGGGCACAAGCUUCCAGCCAACGUGGUGGCAGUGCCGGAACUUCUGGAAGCAGCAAAAGGGGCAAAUAUACUCAUUUUUGUUGUCCCCCAUCAGUUCAUUGGCAAACUAUGUGAACAGCUGAAAUCUCAAGUAAAGAAAGAAGCCUUUGGAGUGUCACUCAUAAAGGGUGUAGAUGAGGGCCCUGAAGGCCUUCGGUUGAUAUCUGACAUCAUUCACGAGAAGUUAGGUAUUGACAUGAGUGUGCUGAUGGGAGCCAACAUUGCCAAUGAAGUUGCGGAUGGAAAGUUUUGUGAGACUACAAUUGGUUGUAAAAAUACGGAACAAGGCAGGAUCCUAAAAGAGCUGUUCCAGACAUCAAAUUUUCGUAUCACAGUAGUGGAAGAAGCAGACACUGUAGAAAUCUGUGGAGCUUUGAAGAACAUUGUCGCUGUUGGCGCUGGCUUCUGUGAUGGACUUGGUUUUGGAGAUAACACAAAAGCUGCUGUUAUCCGUCUAGGGUUAAUGGAAAUGAUUGCUUUCUCCAAACUGUUCUGUGCUGGACCCGUUACAUCUGCCACUUUCCUGGAGAGCUGCGGUGUAGCUGAUCUCAUCACAACAUGUUAUGGGGGCAGGAAUAGGAAAAUUGGUGAAGCAUUUGCCCGCACUGGCAAGUCUAUAGAGCAGUUGGAGAAGGAAAUGCUGAACGGACAAAAACUGCAGGGACCACAGACAUCAGCUGAGCUCAACCACAUCCUGAAGAGCAAGAACCUGGUUGAGAAGUUUCCGCUUUUUACUGCUGUAUAUCAGAUUUGCUACGAGGGAAAACCAGUGACAGAAUUCAUAACCUGCCUUCAGAACCACCCUGAGCACAUGUAACCUAAACCGCGAACUCUGACCUUCAAGCCCUUUACUUCACUGACCUUUCCAUAAGAAAAAAGGCAACCAGUCCCAUAGUAUACACAGGUCUGAUGUAUGUCUGUGAGUGUACACUGUUCAUAGACAUAUCAUGAACUUCCUAAUCGAUUGCAUUCACCCCAUUGCCUGAAAUUUCAGAGAUUAGCUAUGUUUGCUGCUCAUACCCAGAAGCCUUGGUUCAUGCAAACAUUGCCAGGUUGGAAUCUUUUACCUUGGAAUGUUUUGCUUUAAAGCAGUUGACCAGCUUAGUAAAAUGUAUCCCUUAUUCAAAGGGGGGAGUUUGGGCCCCCCACGAUCUCCUGCCCAGUGCCCCGGCUCUUCCUAUGUAAGAAGCUGUGUGGAUUACGGCACAAAGCGGUGGUUGACAAGCCUCCUCCAUGCAUCUCUAUGGGAGAGCCAGAGAUACAGCGUUCGUGUAUCUCCAGCUCUCCCAUAUAGAUCCCUGGAGGGGGGGGUGUUGGCCACCACUUAGUGCCCUAAUCCACACAGCUUCUUUCAUGGGGAGAACCGAAACUCCAGGCAGGAGAUAGAGGAUACAUUUUACUAAACCGGCCUACCCCUUUAAGAUUUUGUGGUAUGUUCCCAAAGGGAAUUUUUUUUAUUUUGUUUUUAAGAAAGAAAUAUUAUUAUAAAACCUACAUAGGUCCCUUUUUGAAUACUGGGCCAGUGUGUGUGUGUAGGCAGACGCAUAACAGCAGUGGCUACUUAAAGUAAUAGUUUUCUGAACUAUAGCUCAACUAGAGUAUUUUAAUCCAGUGUUCUACAAAUGUAUAGGGCCUGUUCACACUGCUAAAAUCUGCACUCGUUGGGGGAGAUAUAUCAAAACCAGUCCAGAGGAAAAGUUGGCCAGUUGCCCAUAGCAACCAAUCAGAUCACUUCUUUCAUUUUCAACAAGGCCUCUGCAAAAUGAAAGAAGCGAUCUGAUUGGUUGCUAUGGGCAACUCAGCAACUUUUCCUCCGGACAGGUUUUGAUAAAUCUCCCCCAAUGGGAGAUAUAGGGGGAGAUUUAUCAAAACCUGCACAGAGGAUAAGUUGGCCAGUUGCCCAUAGCAACCAAUCAGAUCGCUUCUUUCAUUUUGCAGAGGCCUUGUUGAAAAUGAAAGAAGCGAUCUGAUUGGUUGCUAUGGGCAACUGGGCAACUUAUCCUCUGUACAGGUUUUGAUAAAUCUCCCCCCAUAGACUGUGCACACAAUGUUAAAAGCUAUGCAAUAAAAAAUAUAAAUAAAUAUAUAUAUAUAUAUAUAUAUAUAUAUAUAUAUAUACUUUGUAUACAAGAAAUAUGUAAGGGGAGGUUCACACAGCUAAAAUCUGUGUAUGAUUUGGGCCCAUGGAUCCAUGCCGUUUUCCACAUCUAAAUCGGUGCAUUUCUUUGUGGAAAUCCUUCUUCCAUUGACUUCAGUGGUCAAAAAAAUCCCCAAAACAUCAGUGCAUAUUUCUCCCACUGUAGCAUUGACAUAUGUGGAUUUUAGGGGGGUCGGGUGGGAUUUUUCUCCCCUGGUGUGAACAAGCCCUAUAGGGUAUUUUUAUAUGCAAUUGAUGCGAUUCUACAGAAAUGUCUUUAUAUGUAAAAAGUUAACAGGAGUUCAUGCACAUGCUAUGAAAAUCUCCCCGUUCAAAUGUAUGGAACUAAUUUCAUCACAGAAAUUUCGGCAACAAAUCUGCUGCAUUUGAACUCGCUCUGUUUGACCCUUUGUUUGAGUUUAGAUAUGUUUUAAUCUUUCGGCUUGUUAUUUCAAGUUAAAUUCUAUGGUCUCCUAAUAUUCCUUAACAAUGGUCUCCAAACUGUGAACCUCCAGAUGUUGCAAAACUACAACUCCCAGCAUGCCCGGACAGCCAAAGGCUGUCCGGGCAUGCUGGGGGUUGUAGUUUUGCAACAUCUGGAGGUCCGCAGUUUGAAGACCACUGUUCUACAACAUUGAACUCUAUACAUAGUCCAUCCAUUGUUUAAAUGUCAAAAUACUUCUUCCCAGAAUGUAAUCUGUGUUAAUAAAAUUGUAUUUUGAUGAAAAUACAAACGGAUGAGUAAAACUA